GUUCGAAAAGGAGACGUCGUGUGGGCUCCGUAUCGAAGGGAGCCACUUUGGCCUGCACUAGUGCGAAAUAGUUAUCCAAAGAAGAUCACUUACACAUUUUUUCCUCUACCGUCUAACCAUCCAGAACUCUGGUCUAAAAAAGUACCAACAUUUAGCUGUCAUCCUAAGGCAGUUCGUGCACUAACCCUAAAUGAUGUAUUACCUUCAACAUCUAAGAGUGAUCUCAGAGAGGCGUACAGUUUCGCCAAACAAUAUCUCAAAGAAAGGGAAUUGACAAGGGUGAGUGUAUAUCCUGUUUUUAGUCACUGUAGUACUACAUUUUGUAUUUUCUUCCAUAAUUACCUAUUUUUGUUUCAUAGUGUGCUCAAUCAUUAUUGUAGGGCUCAGCCGCACCUCUCUAUUAUGUCGGUGUUUAUCCUAGGGAAUUGGGAUCAGGUGAUGACUGCUUGGAAGACGACUCUAUUGACACUUACGACGACAUGUCGAUCAUAG